CAACAAGGAAAGAUCCUACGUGAUCUUGAGGCGAACUAUACGGUCGCUUUUGAGUGAAACGACAUCAGAGCCAACAAUUUGCUGAUUAGUGGUAAGCUGUGAAGUCCGCUGUGGCGAAAUGAGGCGAAGUAUCGCAACGCAGCAAUAAGUUUUGACGGUCAAUGUCAUCAAACGGACUUGAGACUGAUCAAUUUCGGUUUCAAGCAACAAAAGGAACACAGCAAGAGUUGACGAGGUAUACAUCAAUCAUAUAGAAACGUUAAGAUCUGACGAUUCAGUGUAGAAUGGCUUCAAAAAUACCUUGUGAAGACUCCGUAACCAUGGCUUGCCCAAAUCAGCUUGACCUUUUCUUAACGGGGCUCGCUGACACAAAAGCAAACUUUCCAGACGGUGAAAACUCUCAAAUUAUCCGAGAAGAGCUGAACCAAAUCAUACAAGGUACGUUACUGGACCUUUCUGGUAAGUACCGUUUGUUUCACAAAGCUGUUGUCCAACAGGGGGGGAGUAUGGUGGAAGGUACUAAGAUUGGACAAGCGGAUGAAUUUGACUACGUUUUUAUUUUAACUGAAUUGCAAGAACAAUUGGUGUGGAAAGAUGGUAAACCUUUUUGUGCAGAUAAUUAUGACAUGAACAUUCAGUCGACUAAGCUUGUUUUGAACAUGAAGGAGCUCUGUUUCAUGGAAGACAUUCUUUGCCCUGAUUGGUGCGAUCAAGAGGAAAACGAACAAAGGAGGAGUAAUCAACUAAUUUUUAAAGAUGGCAAGAGUCCUUGGAGAGAUGAAAUCUCCGCCAUGGUGUCUGAAGCGAUUCAUCGAUCAUUGCAGUCACAGGUUAAGAAAUUCACCAUGUGGCAACAUGUGGCCCGAUUGAAAUACCCCUCAGGUAGAACAUACCUCCAAAUCCUUAAGUUUACUGAUGCUGAGGGUUCAGAAAGGUUUGUGUCAGUGGACAUUUGCUUUGCCAUCCAGAUUCCCCAUAGUGCACCGAACUCUGAACCUCUGCAACUUCUCUUCGAUUUCUGGUCGAUCAAUACGAUCUCGUGCUCACGAAGAUCAGAGUCCACAUGGGAGUUAUCGAAGCUUAGCUCUCUCCCGCUCGACUCGGUCGAAAAACGUUGCUAUCGUGUUUUGAAGUAUCUUAUUCAAACUUUCCUUGAGUCUCAACUGGACCUGUACACGAUGGAAUACAAAGCAGUCAUUGGAACCUACACGCUAAAGACCUUGUUCUUGAACGUUCUGAUGGAAAGCGAGGAGAAAUGGGAGCUUCACCAACUUGGCCAAAAGACCCUAGAGAUCCUUGAAUUGAUCAGGAAGGAUUUGGAAACUUUGAAAAGUGAAAAAACCAGCUCUGACCUACCGAUGCAACAUCCUCUACUGGUUUCUAUGGAAUACUCUCUGCACCCCCAAUCUGCUGAGCCAGCCCUGUUCCAGAGAUCUAAUUUGUUGAACCCACGUAAAUCUUUCAGUAAACCAGUUUUUAAGCAACCGGAGGCCAUCGAGGAUCAGGUUUUUACCCUUAUUGAACUUCUUCUCAUGGUAAGAGACACCGAUGAGGGAAGAGAGCACAUUUUGUCCCAAAUCGAGGCAAUCGAGCGUCUUAAAAUACCCUUAAAGGAUGGAACGUACCAAGUCCCCGUGAUGGAGAAACUGGUAGAGAAAGAUUCUAAACGUGGCGUUUAUAACAAUUUUUUGUUGAUUUGGCAUAUCAUGGAAAGAGAGGAUUUCAAGAAUUUCAUGCGAAGGAGUAAAUUUGGCAUUUCAGUUCAGCCUAAAGGAAAAAAGGAUGACUGUAUAGUGUUUCCGAAGACGUUCUCCAUCCUGAAGUAUCUAAACUGCUCCCUUUUUAAGAAAGACUCGGAAUCGGGGGAAAACAACAGUACUGAAAUAGUGGAGAUGGAUGUGUUUGACCAUGAUGGCGAAUGGAAUCAAGUGGUUUGCUGGAAUGUCAAUGAGUCUGUAGACUUAUGCUCAAUUAUAUCAGGAGAGUUCUGCUCGUUUUGUGCGACACGCAAAAAGUAAAAUUUUUUGUUCGAUUUAUUUUUGUUCGACUUCAUGUAUGAGUGCCCUCCAAUUCAUCUUAAGCUGUUGAUUGACAUGCUUUCCCAUUUGUUUCAUUGUUGUCUUUUUAUUUUUUUGCAUUAUAACUAUUAUUUUUUUUAUAUUGCCGUUAAUUUGCUCUUCCAUCCACUGCAUCGACAAGAGAUACCGUGAUUAUACCAGUUCGCAAUUCGUUCAUUCGGCCGCUGGUCGGCCUAAACAGUGUGGCGUCCAUAUCGUCAUAAAAGAACAAAUCGCCAGUGCUUUAGCGUGGUCUGUACUUAUAUCAUAUCAUAUAUGGUCUGUACUCAUAUUUUUCAUCAAAGUGAUCAGAAAGUUGUGGUCUGCAACAUUUCGAUGACUGAUGACGAAUGUCGUUGUCGAUAAGUGAACAGACCAACGCUAAAAACCACAAUUAGUUAUAAUUUGUUAAAUAGACACGAAACAUUUUGAUUGCAACUAUGUAUUACCUCGACAUGCUUUUCAUGAAAUAACGAGAAGUGUAAUAUAUUCGAAAGUGUAACAUUAAAUAAACUACCACUAAACACAGUAACAGUGAUGGUUAGUCGUUCUCAGUUAUUGCUCGCUCGAGCUCACCACGAAGUUUUCCUUAUAUGGUAAAAAGGGCACAGGUAGACCAACAUAUAACAAGAAGUAACUUAAUUCUCGAUUUUAUUGUCGCCUUCCGACGUUAAAAUACAACGUGUAGUGAGCAUCAAAUCAUAUUGUUGUCAUUCAAGUGAAGCUGUUAGAAUAAACUCAGCAAAAUGUUUUGA